AUGGCUUCUGAGACAGGUCCUUCAGCUGGUGACCCCACUCUGAGGAGAAGAAUCGAACCCUGGGAAUUUGAAGUCUUCUUUGAUCCCCGGGAACUGCGUAGAGAGACCUGUCUGCUCUAUGAAAUCCAGUGGGGUACCAGCCACAGGAGGUGGCGGAAAUCAGGCAAGAACACCACCAAUCACGCUGAAGUUAAUUUCAUAGAAAAACUGACUUCAGAAAGACAGUUUUGCCCGUCUGUCAGAUGCUCCAUCACCUGGUUCCUGUCCUGGAGUCCCUGCUGGGAAUGCUCCCAGGCUAUUCAAGAAUUUCUGAGUCAACACCCUAAUGUGACUCUGGUGAUUUAUGUAGCUCGGCUUUAUUACCAUAUGGAUCAGAGGAACAGGCAAGGACUCAGAGACCUCGUUAACAGUGGAGUGACCAUCCAGAUCAUGAGUGUCCCAGAGUAUUGUUACUGCUGGAGGAAUUUUGUCAACUUCCCACCUGGGCAGGAAGCGCACUGGCCGAGAUACCAGCCUCAGUGGAUGGCACUGUACGAGCUGGAGCUGCACUGCAUCAUCCUGAGUCUUCCACCCUGUUUAAAAAUUUCAAGAAGAUGUCAAAAACAGCUUACAUUUUUUGGACUUACUCUUCAAAAUUGCCAUUACCAAGCAAUUCCACCUCACAUCCUUUUAGCUACAGGGUUGGUACUACCUUUUGUGCCUUGGAGAUGA